AUGGGCAUCUGUCUUACUGGUCAGAUGCUAUUUUCUGAAGUACUCUGCUGCGCGAUGAUUCGCGAUGCCCAUGGACGCAAAAUGGGCAAAUCGCUCGGUAACGUCAUUGAGCCGAUCGACGUCAUCCAUGGCCCAUCACUUGAGCAACUCCACCAGAAAAUGUAUUUAGAAGAUCUCUUAGCUGCUGUCAAGCACGCCAAGCACGGUAUCGCUGCCGCUUCUGUACAUCACAAACGCCCUGGCAGCCUCACAGGUAGUCUUGCAGGGUACAUUAAUCCCUCAAUCAGCACUGGCGGUACGGAAUGGAUUGCAGAAAUCUCUGUCCUCCUACCACCACCAAUCCUGCCUUUCUUAUCACGAGACUUUGUCGCUUCCGACCAUUCCGAGUUGAAGAGAACCAUCAUGAGCUACAAUGACGACCUCGACCACAAAAGCCCCGAGGGAUUUCCUGCUCGGUUACUCAAAGCCGACUGA